CCUAAACCUGCUGUUUACAGCGCUUUGGAAGCGGUCAGCGGCGUCCUGGUUGCUACGGCAACCGCCGGGCGCAGUAGCUGUGAGGUCAUCAGAUGGCGACCGGAAGUACGGCGGGAAUCUCGCGUCUCCGGUCCCACACUGUGCACUGGCGGGCUUCUCUGGAAUAUAAGGGGUGUAGUUAUCAGAAACAUGCACGUUGCUGUAAUAGGAGCCGGAGUGAUUGGACUUUCCACUGCGCUAUGUAUUCAUCAACAGUACCAGAACUCAGUGCGGCCACUGAGGAUUGAGGUGUAUGCGGACAAGUUUACCCCACUCACUACAAGUGAUGGAGCAGCAGGGCUAUGGCAGCCAUAUCUCUAUGACAAUGGAAACAAGCAGGAGACCCGAUGGAACAAGGAAACUUUUGACUAUCUGCUAAAGUUUGUACACUCCGAGGACGCCCAAGACAUGGGGUUGUUCCUGCAGUCUGGAUACAAUCUUCUGAAGGAGCCUGCACCUGAUCCCUCAUGGAAGGAUGAUGUCCUUGGAUUUCGCAACCUGACACCAAGAGAGUUAGAAUUAUUUCCUGGAUAUAGCUAUGGCUGGUUUAACACCGCGCUGAUGAUUGAGGGGAAGAAUUACUUACCUUGGCUGACUAAAAAAUUAUUAGAGCGAGGAGUCACAUUUAUCCAGAAAAAGGUAGAAAGUUUUGGCGAACUGGCCAAUCUAGGGGCAGAUGUUAUCAUUAAUUGUACAGGCAUGCGUUCAGGGGACCUGCAACACGAUCCAGAAUUAAAACCAGGACGAGGACAGAUUCUGAAGGUACAUGCUCCUUGGAUGAAACACUUUAUUCUGACACAUGAUCUCAAGACAGGCGUAUAUACCACACCAUAUAUCAUUCCAGGGUCUCAGAUGGUCACUCUAGGAGGGAUUUACCAGUUGGGAAAUUGGAGUGAAGAUUCAGUCUCCAGUGAUCAUAAAUGGAUUUGGGAAAACUGCUGUAAACUGGUUCCUAGCCUUAAGAAUGCGAAGAUUGUGUAUGACUGGGCAGGACUGAGACCAGCUCGCAGCAAAGUCAGGCUAGAAAGAGAGCCCUUUGUGUCUGGAUCUGUUAAGAGUGACCUCAUACAUAACUAUGGCCAUGGAGGAUAUGGUCUCACCAUACAUUGGGGGUGUGCUAUGGAGGCUGCCAAGAUUUUUGGGCAAAUCGCUGAAGAAAAGAAACACAGAAUUCCUAAGUCUUCCCUGUGAUCACCAGGGCUUUUCUUCUGAUGGUACUUGUAUUGUAAUUCUUAUAUCUAGUUCUGGCAACUGGAAGAAAUCAAUGAAAUCAUGUCAGAAAUUAAUACUUGUGUGUAGAAUGAAAGCUACUCUAAAUCUUGUAUUAGCGUGUAACUUUAGGUUCAUGGUAAACAAGCACUUGUGAUAAUGAGCAAUAAGCAUAUGUUCUAUGAGAACAUCAUCAGAAUAUCAUUAUCAGCCAGAUAAAUGAUUAGAUUGAGAAGUGUAACUAUUGGGAAAGAUGGGGGUAAAUUUACUAAAAUGGGAGUUCUAUUUAAUAUGGGAUGUUGCCCAUAGCAACCAAUCAGAUUCCAGGUAUUAUCUUCUAGAAGGUGCUAGAUAAAUGAGAAGUAGAAUCUGAUUGGUUGCUAUGGGCAACAUCCCAUCUUAAAUAGAACUCCCAUCUUAGUAAAUUUACCCCAUGGAGUCUUUGUGUGGGUUAUGAGAAAAUAAAAACAGUGUUCUCCCCAGAAAAAUUUGGCAGCCGGGUGACAUUAAGUAGCAGCCAGGUGGGAGCCUUCGUGCAAAAAGGGGUGUGGCCUCACAUGGAAGGGGCGUGACCACACAAUAGUACAAACUCACAUUAUGUCCACACAGAAUGGCCCCUUAUUGCACAUAAUGCCCACACAGUAUGGCCCCUUACAUACCACUGCACAGUAGUAGAUGCUUCUAUCAGGAUACAUACAUCUAAGUAACCUGGUGGCAUUGCCAGCCUGAAGAGGGUAGGUAAACCCACGAAUGAUCCAUGUAAUACACAACUAAACACACGCAAGGAAUCUUACCUGAAGGUGGGGGACAUCUGCCAGCUUAGCCAUAACACCAGGUCAGCUCUGAGGUCCACCAGGAGCUUCAUACCCCCUUCCAGCUUACUAAUAUAGCUGAAGAGAACUUUGUACUGGGGUGUAAAGUAGUACCUCAGCCUGUCCUCCACCUGCAGGACAAUGCCCAGGUCCCUCUUCUGCUGAGCCUGAACCAGCUUGCUGCUGAUUUCUGCCACCUUGGCAUGGUUCAUCCCAAACUCAGCUGCCCAAGCAGCAGCACCCUCUCCCCCUUCUCCAGGGACCUGUAGCACUGGAUGAAGUGCAAGCUCUGCAGCUCAAGGGGCAGGGGCUCUUCUCCUUCAUCUCGUAGGGCGGCAAAGGGGGCACAGACUUGCUCAGGAGCUCCUUCAUGACUGUGGGCGAGGAGCUGACCUUCCUGCAUGAGAGGUUACGUGAGACCAGGAAGAACACUUGCAGGCCAACGUGUGGCUACAGGAGGUGCGAGUGAGGUCAGGUGGCGCGUCUGACAUCAGGGCAUGAGUGGGGCAGCCAAUCGCGGUGAAGAAGUAUUGUGCGUCAGCGUCACAGUGCAGUGGGAUUUUAAGCCAUGUAAAAGUGCCGGGCAGCAGGGUAAUUUUACUGGGCGAACCACCCAAAAAAUAGAGCGUGGAGAGAACACUGAAAGUAAUUAGGUUCGACAUUAAUCCUGCAGGUUCAGACAUUGCUGCAAUAACACCGUAGCCCAGUAUUACUGACAAAUGGACUUAGCAUCUGGCACCGAAGUAUAUCUAUCUGUAGAUCCAUCUGCUAUAUUCAAACCGCAGAAAUCACAGCUAGCCUACAAGCCAACACUAAAUAAAGAACAUUUGUAUUAUGAAAUUAAA